GAGAACCAGGUAGCAAUGAAAAAAUUCACACUGUUCGACUUUGUGAAUGAGAAGUCCCUGCAAAUUGGAGAGACUUCAUGGAUACAGGACCUUCCCAGCGAUGGCAAUGAACUGGAAAGGCUUCUGAAGCCCAAUGAGCACAUGCUGGUAAAUUGGCCAGUGGGAGAAAGGAAGACAGAGAAGCACUUGGUGAAAGUUGUGUACACGAGUGAUGACCCCCAAGAGCUGGUGGAAAUGAUGCAAAGGAUAUUAAGAGCAGAUGAAAUUACACAAAUACAAGUCCUUGGAAAAGACAAGAGGAAGAGGAUAGAAAUGAUCUUCUCAGAAAGCGAGGACAGUGACCUGGAUAAGGAACAGAGAGCACCAUAUUCAGGAGACAACUUUCUGUGCAGUGAAAGCAGCAGUGAUGAGGAAGAGCCUUUAUUUCAGCUCUCCAAGGUAGAGCUGUGUGCCAAAAUAAAAUGUCUCCAGAGGAAGCUGGCAGACACCAUGAGAGAGAACAGCCGCCUGAGGCAGUCCCUGGUGAUGCUCCAAGUGUUGCCACAGGCAAUCACCCACUUUGAGGAACUGAUAGGGAUGGCUGAAGCACUGCUCAGAGGGGGAGUGACAUCCUCUCCAUCCAGCCUGCGUUCACAUGCUGUUUGGAAAGCCUCCAACAAUCCGAUAGCAGAUUCCUAUGCAGCUAUGCACGGCAGCUCCUGCUCACCAGCCACUUUGAAUCUGGAAGAUGAGGAGCAACAGACCAACAAACAGUUCAAGAUCGAAAAGUGGCAGGUUGCACUUUGCAACAAGAGCAAACCUCAGAAGUUCAUAAAUGACUUGAUGCAAGCCCUUUACACACAUGAAUACAUGGCCACACACAGCCUGACGGGUUCCAAGUCCUCCUCUUUCAAGGACAAAGCAGCAAAACCGGCUAUGAAUCAGAAUGAAGUGCAGGAAAUCAUAGGAAUCACAAAGCAGCUGUUCCCAAACACAGAUGAUGCUUUAAUUAGGUGAAUGAUGGGACAAAAACUGAACAACUGCACCAAGAAGCCAGUUCUAAGCAAAGAUCCUAACUCAGGUGCUUUUCAGAAGCACAGCUUUUGUUUGAAGGUGAAGGCUCCCGCGGGAAAGCGUUUGUUGAUUGUUACGCCCUGCGGCGUGCGCGCCCAGCUUUCCCCGGAGCGGCCAAUUUCCUGCCUUCCCGCCCCUCACCGGGUCAGCGCCAGCGGCCGCCCUCUCCCCUCCCGGGAGCGGCGCGGGAAGGAGGUGCAGCCGGACUGCAGACCGAGGAGGGGCGGUGGGAGUUCGGUGACGGAAAGGUCCCGAAGCGCCUCCAGCGAGCGUGUGCCGCGGGGCUGUGGCGGUGGUGCCGGCACCUGCCCUGCGGCAGGAGCGAGUGGGAGGCGCAGCGAACCGCACUACAAGUCCCGGCAAGCCUCUGCCCGCGCCGCCGCCGCCAGCUUGAAGAGGAAGCGGCGCGCUGGGUCGGGGCCUCGCCGUGCCCUCAGGUGCCGCUGGCUGCGGGGCGAGCGGGGGCAGAGGCCGGCGGCGGGUUGGGUCGCGGCGGUUUGCGGGGCGGUCGGCGAGCAGCCGGCGCUUGCUCGGCCCCGCCUCGGGCGCGGAGUGCAGCCUUAG